AUGUCUGCUGAAGCCCCUCCUGCACAGGCCCCCGCCGCCCCAGCGACACAGCCAACGCAGAACUCAUCGCUCUACGUUGGAGACCUGGACAGGGAUGCCACUGAGGCUUCUCUUUUUGAGCUGUUCUCUCAGGUCGGCCCUGUGGCGUCGAUCCGCGUGUGCCGUGAUGCCGUGACCCGCCGCUCUCUGGGCUAUGCGUACGUCAACUACAACAGCGCCCUGGAUCCCCAGGCCGCGGAGCGGGCCCUGGAGACCCUCAACUACCACCCCGUGGCCGGCAGGCCCAUCCGCAUCAUGUGGUCCCACCGCGACCCCGCCUUCCGCAAGGUGCGGCACUGGGCGGCCGCUGGCGGCGCUGCUGGGCGCGGCGUGCGGCUGCGGGCUGGGCGCGGCGCUCGGCGCUGCCUGGCGCCGCCACUCUCUGGCGUGGGCAACAUCUUCAUCAAGAACCUGGACAAGUCCAUCGACAACAAGGCCCUGCACGACACCUUCAGCCAGUUUGGCAGCAUCCUGUCGUGCAAAGUGGCGACGGACGCGGCCAGCAACUCCAAGGGCUACGGCUUUGUGCACUAUGAGACCGACGAGGCCGCGGCCCUCGCGAUCGAGAAGGUGAACGGCAUGCAGCUCGCGGACAAGAUUGUGUACGUGGGCCCCUUCCUGAAGCGUGUGGAGCGCGUGGGCGAGGGCCGCGAGGAGCGGUACACCAACGUGUACAUCAAGAACCUCGCGGAGGACGUGGAUGAUGAGGGGCUGCGCAAGAUCUGCGCGGAGCACGGGCCCGUGACCUCGGCCGUCGUCAUGGUGGACGGCGCCGGCAAGUCGCGCGGCUUUGGCUUUGUCAACUUUGAGACGGCCGAGGCCGCGGCCACCGCGGUGGAGGCGCUCAACGGCAAGGACGUCGGCGGCAAGACCGUGUUCGCGGGCCGCGCCCAGAAGAAGGCAGAGCGGGAGUCGCUGCUGCGCGCUAAGUUCGAGGAGGUACAGCGGGGCAGCGGUGCAGCGGGCGGGCGUGGGGUGCGUGCCGAGCGCGUGGCCAAGUACCAGGGCAUGAACCUGUACAUCAAGAACCUCAGCGACGAGGUGACUGAUGACCAGCUGCGCGAGGAGUUUGCGCCCUAUGGCACCAUCACCUCGCACAAGGUCAUGGUGGACGACAAGGGCAAGUCGCGCGGCUUUGGCUUUGUGUGCUACACCAGCCACGAGGAGGCGACGCGCGCGGUCACGGAGAUGAACGGCAAGAUGCUCAAGGGCAAGCCGCUCUACGUGGCCCUCGCGCAGCGCAAGGAG